CUGACCAAAUUAGGAAGCUGUUAUUCUUCAUUCCCCCUCUUGCUGAUAAGUUUUGUUUCUCUCUGACCUCAGGUUCCUGGAGGUGGGCAGCAACUAGAAGCGGGGUGAAGCAGAAGGCAGACGACACCUGCAGAGCUGGCAUUACUGAAGAGUGACUGUUGAGCCAAGGGGGACCAGGUCCCUGCACUCUGUGGGGCUUGAAGGGAAUCAAAGGUGUUCUCAGUUGUGAAAGAGGAGAGUUUGGAUAGCAGAACAAAAAAGGAAGAUAGCCCCCUGGAGCAGAUACCUUUGACACAGGAGGCCAGUUCAAACCCUUUGCAAAGGCCUUUGCCAAGUCUCUCCAUCUGCUCAGUCGCUGGAAGGUAGAUAGCCCCAGGAUGGAGCCUAGUCAGCCUUGCGGGCCAGGACAGGCAUGGAUAAAGCUAAAAACAGACAGCAUGGAAGAGAAGGUGUCUGACCAGCCGAAGCCAGUGGAACCUGUACAGAAGCUGCUCCCUCAGGUGGAUGAGGAGGACCUGCUGAAAGCCCAGAAGGGAGGGUGCUGGUGGAAGAUGUGGGUGAAGAAGCCAGUCACCUUUGAGGAUGUGGCAGUGACCUUUACCCAGGAAGAGUGGAAAUGUCUAGAUGCCAGUCAGAGGGUCCUCUACCAGGAUGUUAUAUCAGAGACUGUCAGAAACCUGAUGUCUGUGGAUCUGAUCGCCAAGCUUGAGCAAGAAGAGAAACAGUGGGAAGCAGAUCUCUGUUCCCCGAAUGGAGAAGGCUUUCAUUCAGGAGGCAAGAAGGAAGGAUGCCAAGAACAGAGUCAGAGUUUGGGAGAUGAAGGGACUGUUGAUGACAAGAAGGCCUCCCUUGAUCACAGAGGCUCAGGCCCAACCUCUCCUCCAACUGGGUCCCCGGACAAGACGCCAGCGUUGCCAGAAUCCUGGGCUCGGCCAGCCUUUACCUGUCACACCUGUGGCAAGUGCUUCAGCAAGCGCUCCAGCCUCUACAACCACCAGCUUGUUCACAACAGCACCCAUUGUGGGAAGUCCUUCCAGAACCCCAAGGACCUCAGCUCCGGCCGGCGCAAGCAACUCAGGGAGAGGCCCUUCCGCUGCUCACUCUGUGGCAAGACCUACUGCGAUGCUUCUGGACUGAGCCGUCACCGCCGUGUCCAUCUGGGCUACCGGCCCCAUGCGUGCCCCUUCUGUGGGAAGUGCUUCCGGGACCAGUCUGAGCUCAAACGCCACCAGAAGACGCACCAAGGCCAGAAGCUGGGGGCUGGAAACCAGAAGCAUAUUGUGAGGACUCCGGAUACCAGAGCUGGAUUACAGGGGCUGGCAACAGGGAACCAUGCACCAGUGGCUGGGACCCAAGGACCCACACUUAAAACCAAGGGUCCCCAGACUCAGCCCCAGCCGUCAAUAGACAGGAACCAGGCACCUGCCACCAAGAACCUGGUAACCACUGUGAGAGCUCAGGCCCCAGUUAUUACGGCCCCGGAGCCUGUGACCAGAACCCCAGUCCCAGAGCCUGUGACCAGAACCCUGGCAGCCAACAUGGGAGCCACCCAGCUGAAUACCAAGUCCAACUCUCACCCAGAGAAGCCUUCAAGACGCAAGGUCUUCUCUUGCCCUCAUUGUCCCUUGACUUUUAGCAAGAAAACCCGUCUCUCCAGUCAUCAGAAGGUCCAUUUCACAGAGCAGUCCAACCGCUGCUUCCACUGUGGCAAGUCCUUCACUUUAUUCUCCGGGCUGAUCCGGCACCAGCAGACUCAUUGGAAGCAGAGGAUCUACUGUUGCCCUAUCUGCGACGUCUGCUUUGGGGAGAAAGAGGACCUUUUGGGUCACUGGGGGGGCUACAGAAGCAAGGGGCUGUUCCUGGGCAGUCCCCACAAGUGCUGGGCCAUCCUGGGUCAGUGGCUCGGCUUCUUUCCUAAUGCCUCUGCUGUGGCAGGGAAGGAAAUGGAUCUUUCUCCUGGAUCUAGACCCUCAGGAAAGGGGAGGAAGGGAGAGGAAAAGGCAUGCAGAAGAAAGAAAGCAGAGAAGGCAGUGAAGGUCUUGGAAGGGAAAUGAAUGGCCUGUCCGCCCGAGGUCUUUCUCUGGUUUUCCAGAGGAAUGACCUCCAGGGUAAGGAGACUGGGAUAGAGGAAGAGAGGUGAGGGGAUAGUGGAGGACAUACAGAAAGGAAAGGGGACAAGAAGUGGCACUUGGAAACUUGUAUUGUUAUUAAUUAGCACCUAGCUUGUUUCUUUGUGUCUGAUAGACCAUCAAGUAGUAAUUGUUCAAAAAGACAGUGGAUCUCCAAUAGGUAUGAAGAUGGGAGGGAAAGGAUGAGAGAAGGGGAAAUCUGAGGGGCCCAUCUGGAGGGGUGUGAAAGUAGAAGGGAGGUGUUUGAAAGCAGGCGUGUUGCUCCCUUCUCAUCCCUUGCUCCCCUGGCUCCUCGCUGAGCCGCCCAGACAAGAUGGAGCUCUGGCCAGCACUCUAUGGGUUUCUCCCCAGGUCCUUACUCCGCAGGUCACUUGGCUCUCUCUUGGAUAUUGUGGACUUUUCCUGCACCUUCUCUUCAACCCUUCACACCCCUCAGCUCUGCCUACGAGGGCUGAGAUCUUGGAAGAAAUGACCACCAUUUGCAAAGCUGAUGUGUUGUAAUUUGCAACGAGGAGGUUCCUGGUCUCCAUUUCAUGGCAGAGACCCUCUUGUCUUCGUUACUCUGCAGCACAGGUGUCCUCUGACAGAAGAACACCUGCCUGGCUAUAGCCCGAGAAGACUUCCAGGUAGAAGACAAACCAAGGAGCAGAACGAUGUGGGCAGCAAAAAGGGGGAGAGGAAGGAAGGAGCUGGGGAAAGGGACAGACAAGAUAAUGACAGAAGAGAAGUCGAUCCUGUUUGGAAUUCAGAGCAUUCCUGAAGUGCAGAUUGCAAUGUCCCCGCAGCGAAGAGGGAGGCCAGUGAAUGUGCAACUCAAUGGAUGUGACAUCCCAAGGACUGAUCCUUGGACCAGCCAGGCUCUUCUGCAUCUCAGCCAAGAUGCGGUGUCCUUCAGAAGGGGUUUCCUAGAAGGAGGAGAAAAUAACUUGAAAAAGCUGUCAACAUUUUCUGUAAUGAAACUGUUAAACCAGAGAGAAGACAGACCCCGAGGAGUCACCCAGCAUCAGAGGUGAGGCCCGGAGCAGCUGCUGGAGGGCAUGAAUGAACGAAUGGGAAAGGAGGCAGUAGGAGUGGGAUUCCUGAUAGUGGGGCUCAUAGCUGGGGCAGAUCAGGCAGCAGAUUAGAGUGCCUUCAGCUCCCAUUGCCCAGGAGACAUCCCUCCACCCAGGCUUGCCAGUCCCGUCCUUUCCUCUUGGAUUUUGAUCCCUCAGUAGCCCACUCUUCCCCUUGCUGCUGCUUUCUCUCUAUUUUGCUCUCAGCUUAUAAGAAAGUGAAAAAAACUUACUUAGCUCUUCAAGAAAUUGCCCUGAAAACAAAGAGAAAUAGGUGAUGAGCAGAAGAUGACUGGCUCCUCCCACAUCUUCCCUGUGGACUUUGUAAUCAUGCCCUUCCCCCCUUCCACUAAGACAGCCCUCAGAUCUCAAUAAGUGGUUCACUUCUUGGAUUCUCUGAGGAGCCUGGGGUUGGCCAUGGGGACAGAGCAGGAAGGACAUUCCGGCUCUGAAUCUUGAACCCUGCUCCCAUCCACCCUCUUUAUGUUUCCCGUUCAGGGCUGGCUUGGUCCCUCUGGCUCAGCGGUCCUGUCUGCGGCCCCAACACUGCACCUGCUAGUCUGCGGUGUAGCCAGUUAUAGCAGAUGAUCAAGGCCACUAGGGGUCCGAGAACCGGCACGAUGACAAAUAGGGUUAUCUUCCAGCAGGGCACCAUCAGGAAGUGGGGAUCUGAAUUAUUUGCCACAAAACAAACAGGAUUAACAUGUCCCCCCCCCCUUGUGUCCCACCCACCCCCUCCAUUUAUUAUUGCCUUUCUUUGGGAUUGGGGGUUCUUAACCUGGGUCCCAAAAUAGUUUGGAUAGAAUCCAGGGAGUUCAUGAAUUUGCAUGAGAAAAGCACUACAUUUUUAUUUUCACUAACUUCAAACUGAAUUUAGCUUUUUCUUCCUGAAAAAGGACUGUAGGUAACAAAUCAGUUAUCAGUGGUACCUGUGGCUUUAUCACCAAUGGAAACAGCAUUCCCAUCAAAGUUGUUUCUGAAGUCUCAAAAUACUGUUUAUCAAUAUUUUGAAAUACCAGAUUGUUAGACUUGCCAGUACAUUUUAUUAUUUAAUCUAUAGUUUUGUUAUUUAAAGAAACAUUGGUUACUUUAAUCACAAAUUUGUUUAUAUUGCAAUAACUUUCAAAACAAUGGUAUUCUUUGUAAUCAUAUGGGUUGUAUUUUAUGUGUACAUUUCAAAACAUUCUGGGAAGGGAGAGGUUCAUGAGGCUUCACCAGACUAUUGAAGAGUAUAGAGUUAAGACCUUUGUUAUUUGAAUUCUGUAAAACAAAGAUCUUGGUCCUCCCCUUUGAGUUGGAAACUGUGUGUUUUUUUCUACACACUGAUUAAAUGCCAGGGUGGAGUCAGGGACACCUCCAGCCUUCAGAAGCAAAGGCUGUUGGGGAAGGCUGCUCAGGGCAGGGACCAUAUUAAAAUUUCUGCAACAUCCACUCAACAAGUAUUUGGGUGCCCUUCUGUUGUAGGCAUUGUCCUUAGGCACUAGAUGAUCUGCAGUGAACAAAAAGGACAGAAACCAUGGCCUUGGGCCAACCUUUUUUUUUUUUUCCCUGCUGUGGCAUGCAGGAUCUUAGUUCCCCCACCAGGGAUCAAACCCGUAUCCCCCUACAGUGGAAGUGCAGAGUCUUCUGCAGUGGACUGCCAGGGAAGUCCAGGCCAACAUUCUGGGGGGUGUGUCUUCACUUGCCCCACUAAGUCUUCCCCGAGGAGUCAGUUACUUAUUCUGCACUCAUGAAAACUCAUUUUUCCUCGUGAUUUGUCAAUGAUGUAUAUGUACUUUCGUUCGCCAGUUAAUUUAUGUGUAUGUAUCACUUCCCCAACUAGACAUCAAAUUGAUGUGCAAAGGCUCUGUUUACCUCUCCUUUCUAAUUCCUGAAAAAAUAAAUCAUGUACGUAAAGUAUUUGUAA